AUGUCGACUCUAGCCCCUCACAAAAUCCGUCACAUUGGGGGUUCACUAACGGAUUUAGCCACGUUCAAAGAGAAAGACAAGACAGACGAUGGGAAGGGGACCAAAGCAUUGAAGGAGAAACUAGGGCCUUUGAGAAGGGCAUUUUCUUCCAUGAAGAAGAAGCGGAGAGGAAUCUCGUCCAGUAACUCCCCAUCGCCUUGCCGGAAAGAGCCUGUGCGUGCCGUAAAUUCCAAUCCGAUUUAUGGUAGUUGUUACUUCGACAGUUCCCCAGCCUCAGACCUCUCUGCCAGACGAAGUGUAUUCAGCAGAAAACAUUACGGCUCCGUGGAGUUGCUAACUUCGUGCGACGGAGAAGGCACGGAACAUUCUGCCGGCAGGUUCCGCGUGGAGACUGGAGAGCGAGAAGGCGAAGAGCUCUCAAGUCCAUUGAACAGCCCUAUUCAUCUAGAAAAUCCCGAAUUCCAAACGCGAUGGUAUUUCAAAUACUUUCUAGGAAAAUUACACCAAAACUACGUAGGUAUAGACCCGGACAAGGAACCGUUUCUCAUGUCUGUCGUGGUGACUGAUGCUAACAACCACAAUGUGCUACAAUACAGGGCGAUUCUCUGGAAGAAGACGGGAGCAUUACGUAUCUGUUUACCCUAUCAUCCAAAUAAACCUAUGACAGUCAAAGGCAUUCUCAGCCAUUUUAAUAUAGACAAACCUGAAAAAGGUCCCAAAGAAAUAUUUGAUCCUGAGAUUCAAAAGGAACUGCUGGUUUUAGAAGAGCAAGAAGGUUCUGUGAACUUUAAAUUCGGGGUUCUGUAUGCAAAAGAUGGCCAAACGUCGGACGAUGAGAUGUUUAGUAACGACACAGCGUCGCCAGCCUUCCAUAAGUUCGUAAGUUUGCUCGGGGAAAGGAUUAAACUAAAAGGAUGGGACAGAUUUAAAGGAGGUCUUGAUGUCAAAACAAACACCACUGGGGAGGAGUCGGUGUACACGGUGUACGAAGGUCACGAGAUUAUGUUCCACGUGUCUGACCUACUUCCACACUCCAAAGAAAAUAAACAACAAGUGGAAAGGAAGCGACAUAUCGGCAAUGACAUCGUGAACAUUGUAUUCAUCGAUUGUGAUGACGACAAAGUCCCGUGCUUCAGACCAGCCAUGAUGAAAACCCAUUUUACUCAUAUUUUUGCCGUGGUUACCUACAAUUCUCAGUACGAUUAUUACAAACUGGCAGUUUUUUCCGAAGAGUCCGUUCCGCUCUUUGGGCCUCCGUUACCGUGUCCGCCAAUAUUUACACAUCACCGGGGAUUCCGGGACUUCCUGCUUGUAAAACUCAUUAAUGGGGAGAAAGCGGCCUUCAACGUGCCUGUGUUUGCGCAGAAGCGGGAGAGGACGUUGGAUAUGUUAAUACGAAGUCUUUACCAGGACCACUUACCCGAUAACAACAUGCUAAACCGACGAGCAUUCAGUGACGUCAUCCCUGACGUGCAUGGCACGCGACGAAAGGAGGAAGCACGACAGACAGAAUUCGUUCGGAUUGGACAGACACUCAAGCUCAAGACUAUACUGAAAGGGGACGCUCCGACCAGCAUGGUGACGACUGGGCUUUUGAAAAGAGAGCCUUGGGAGCCGCAGCAGAUCCACUCGGACUUCACUCACAAUAUUAUUUGCGGUGACUCGUGGGGGGACAAGCUAGUCGUUUGCACAGAUGCUGGCACCAUGGUGUUAGAAGAGGGGCUGCAACCCCGCCUGAUUUUAGACAAAUCAUUUUCUAUCAAGCAAGUCAGUGUGAUUGAAGCUCAUGGAAUUCUCCUCUUCCGAGCUGAUAAAGGGAAGGAUUGUAAGAUCUACGUUUUUCGGCUUAUGGACUUCGAAGGCUACCAGGAGAGCCUUGUGAAAUGCAAAGCUGAUUUCAAAGACCACAAAAUCGAGAAAACACGAGGUUGCCAUCUGUACGCCUUAAGUCGGCCAUGCUCCAGCCACCUUCGGAUGGUCGUGGCCAUUGGCAAACGGUUGCUAUUGUACACCUGGAAACAUUCGGCCGCUUGGUCAGCCUGGUGUCCUACGGUCGACAUUGAUACUGUGGACGGCUUUAUAUUUGUCCGGGAGCUGCAGGCCUUUGAUACGCCAUCUCUGAUCACAAUAGUGGAGGGCAAAAAGGGCGACAACCAGAUUUGUAUCGGCUACAAAAACCAGUUUGACUUAAUCAACGAGAAAAACGGAGAUACCCUGCAGUUGUAUCGGGUAGAUAACAGUAAACAGGUCAAUCUUGUAUCGGCUGUGGACAUUUACGAAGACGACGAGUCGGAGUUAAUAUUGUGCUACAACCAUGUCAGUCAUUUCCAGAGACUUCGAGAGGAGACUCUCCACGACUUCGAUUUUCAGUGGAAUUCUGAGCCCCUUGCAAUAGUUUGUGCCUUCCCCUACAUAAUGGCCUUCACCCCAGACACGAUCGAAAUCCGGCUAAUGAUCAAUGGUAAUCUUGUGCAUACCAUGACCAUGCCUGACCUUGUCCUUAUUACGUCAAAGUGUGAUAUCUACUUCGCCUCGACCGCCUCCUUCUCGUACAGUCCCACGGAGAAGGGCAAAGAGAAGGAGCCUACAUACUCACCUCCCCCCUCACCACAAGGGAAAACCCAGACAACAAACUUGUACAAGAUCCCGAUGUCUUGUUUAGCGGGUCAGAUCACUGCGGACAAAGUGCCCGCGGCUUCCAGUCAGCCCCAAGCCCCAACUCUUCUGGCACCCAUCCUCCCCAACGGUGACAAAUCACCCAGCAUCGGCAGGAGGAGUCCCUUAACUAGGUCUAAGAGAGCCGGGCCGGUCAGUAUAUACCUAGGCGAGGACAAAGACCGCCAUGAUUCCUCAAGCUCAGACUCCGGUAUUCUGAGCUUAAAACCGAACGACUUCAGCCCACCAGUUAGCCCCUUGGGAUCGGCUGGUUACGCCGAGGUGUACGAGCAAGAAACAGACCUGGUAUAAUGAAGCAUGAUGUACACCGGACUUCAAGUCUUGCAAGUAUAUAUGGUCAUGUGGCAAGUUGUUUGUGACUGCUCAGUAUGACCGACACCACACUUCCGGUCACUAGCAGUGAACGCUCGUCUUUUCGACUAUGACACAAGCCGGUAUGGGAAGUGCAAGGCUUCAAACCAAGCUGUGGAAGUACAUUUGGUUUUACACGUAAUGCUUCAUGGAACACUUAUGCGCACACCGCGUGUCGUGAAAUAAGAAGUAGUCUCCCGCAAAAUCCCGUCGAAGAGGCGUGACUGCCGUGAAUACCUUGGACUGUGAAUGAACACACAGUGCUGAGCAGAAGGAGGUAUGAUUCUUGCCCAGAAGGUCGAGUUUGACCUUUAUGUAUUUGAAGCGUAGUGAGCUGCAUUGACCCUAGUCCUGCACACUCACGCCACCCGCAGAAUAUCCGCACUUUGUGUCGUGUAACAUUCCCAGCUGCACUGUGGCGUAAGUUUAUGGUCUCCUCUGCUUACCGCGCCGAGUCGAAUUUUGAAGUGUUUGGAUUUUGGAUGAAUGGUUACGACAUCUAUGUUUUUUAUUUUAUUUUAUCCCCUUUUUGUGUGUACCUCACGCUAGAAGUUCCAGAGAGAUAGG